CUUCCCUUAAGCCCACCAAAAAGUCUAUGCCGCCAACAAUUUUUUUAUAGCCUUAAUCUUCUUUAGAAUAACACCGCAAUACUUGGGGUAUAUUUACAUCAUUAAACUUCUCCCUCCUUUGGUUUUGUCAUGUAUAAGGUUGGCUCUCCUCUAAUUCUCCAGUUUCCACACAGUUGCUGUAAUACUCUAGGUCCAUUAUUGGAUAUGGAUCAUCAAUACAUAACCAAAACGUCAAGCAUGAGGAUCUGCCACGUAGUUGCCCUGCCUUAUCCUGGCAGAGGCCACAUCAAUCCCAUGAUGAAUCUCUGCAAGCUGGUUCUUUCAAGACAAUCUCGUAUUCUCAUCACCUUUGUUGUCACUGAAGAGUGGCUUGGCUUCAUCGCUACCGAAACCAAGCCGGAUAACGUCCGGUUUGCUACGGUGCCCAACGUAAUACCCUCUGAGCUAGAUCGUGCCAAGGACUUUCCUGGCUUUUUGGAAGCCGUUUUCACAAAGAUGGAAGCUCCUUUUGAGAAGCUGAUGGAUGAGAUUGAGGUUGAGACCCCAGUGAGUGCUAUUAUAUCUGAUACUUACAUGCGUUGUGCUGUUGACGUCGGCAACCGCAGGAACAUUCCGGUUGCUACUGUUUUUCCAAUGUCUGCAUCUGUAUUUACAGUUUUCCAUCAUCAUGAGCUCUUGGUGAAAAAUGGGCAUUUCCCCGUUGAACUUUCAGAACGUGGAGAGGAGCAUGUUGACUGCAUCCCUGGACAGUGGCAGAUCCAGGAAUUUCACUCAACGGGACCUUCCAUUAUAAGCCAAGCUGGUAGUGACGCUUUCGUUAGUGAGGGAUUUUGUAAUUGGAAGAAACCAGAACGCUUUCAAAUUCAUGUUGGCCAGCCAAAUAGUGCUCAUAACCAAGCACGACAGAGUUGUGUGAAUUUAAUGAAUCAAAAGCAACAUAUCGAAGUGGCUCUAUCUAAGCAAUCAGAUCAAGUUAGGACUGAAUAUCGAACUCACUUGAUUGCAUCCAUUGUUUGCAUUAGAUUUCUUUUUCAUCAAGGGUUCGCAUUUCGUAGUCAUGAUGAAACUGAAGACUCAAAGAACCAAGGUAACUUUCUCGGACUUCUUCAUUUUCUAGCUCAGCAUAAUGAACAUUUUAAGAGUGUUGUUUUGAAGAAUGCACCUAGGAAUCUUAAAUUGAUAGCACCAGUGAUUCAGAAAGAUAUUGUGAAUGCUGCAGCAAAUGAAACCACAAAAGCCAUCAUUAGUGAUCUUGGAGAUGACAUAUUUUCAGUUUUGAUUGAUGAGUCUCAUGAUGUGUCAAUUAAAGAACAAAUGGCUAUUGCCAUACGUUAUAUAGAUAAAAAGGGUCAUGUACUUGAGCGAUUUCUUGGCAUUGUACAUGUUAGUGACACAACUGCAGUAUCACUUAAGAUGGCUCUUGAGUCAUUAUUCUGUCAACAUGGAUUGAUUUUGUCAAGAUUACGUAGACAAGUUUAUGAUGGGGCAAGUAAUAUGCAAGGAGAAUUUAAUGGUCUGAAAAGUUUGAUUUUGAGGGAGAAUGAAUAUGCUUAUUAUGUUCAUUGUUUUGCUCACCAACUUCAGUUGACACUUGUAGCUGUUGCAAAAAAUCACAUUUCUAUUGCUUCAUUUUUUAGCUUGGUUACUAAUCUGAUAAAUGUCGUUGGAGAUAUGCAACUUCAAGAACUUAACACUCGUUUCGUUGAGGUUAGUACUGAGCUGCUUCUUUGUAUGGCAUGUUUGGAUCCAAUGAAAUUCCUGGAUCCAACAUUGGGGAUUGUAGUGCAUUGGUGUGACCAAUUGAGGGUUUUAUGUCAUCCUUCCAUCGGGGGAUUUUGGACACAUUGUGGCUGGAAUUCUAUUCUUGAAGCUGUUUACGCUGGUGUUCCAAUGCUUACAUUUCCAAUCUUUAUGGAUCAAGUUCCAAAUAGUAAGCGAAUUGUGGAGGAUUGGAAGAUUGGAUGGAGAGUGAGGAGAGAGGUUAGGAGUGAAAGCUUGGUGACAAGAGAAGAGAUUUCAGAGCUAGUGAAAAUGUUUAUGGAUAUGAAUAGUAUUGAGAGGAAAGACAUGAGUAAAAGGGCUAGAGAACUUAAAGAAAUUUGUCCAGGAGCAGCUGCUGAAGGUGGAUCAUCUAUAAGUAACAUUGAUGCUUUUCUUAAGGAUAUUUCACAGAUCCACGACCCAGAAUAAGCAAUUAAGUUUAAUGUACCCUGUCCACUCUCAUGAUUUGGAGUACCAAGAGUGCCAUUUGUUGAAGAUAUUAGGACCUUGAUUGUUUGAAUAAUUAAUG